GGGUCGUUGAGGCCGCCUUCGGCGGCGCAGGCAUCCGUGUUUGCUGGUGUCCAGUCUAUGGAGGCAGUUGGUGCUGGCGGCGGCGCCGAGGCAGGAGGCGGUGUCCGAGUAGGGGCCUCUGCCCCGCCAGGAUGUUACCGGGCUUGGCCGCCGCCGCUGCGGCCUACCGAUGUAGCUGGUCCUCUUUCCACCGGCUUCAUCUGCGCUGCACGGCAGCGGCCCGUGGCUCCAGCGACCGCCAGGAAUGGCGGAAUUUAGUGACAGCUGGAAGUUUUGCAUACAUGGUUCCCUAUAGUCACCCACAUAUUUGUGUGCUGAGUCAAGUAAAGUUGUACUCUACAAAUGUUCAGAAAGAAGGACAGGGAUCACAAACUCUCAGAGUGGAAAAAGUACCAUCAUUAGAUGAAACAGCAGAAAAUAUUGGCGCAGAACUCAAAGCCCCACUUAAGCAAGAACCUCUCCAAGUAAGAGUCAAAGCAGUCCUUAAAAAAAGGGAAUAUGGAUCAAAAUACACUCAGAAUAAUUUCAUCACUGGAGUCAGAGCAAUGAAUGAGUUCUGCCUUAAGCCCAGUGAUCUAGAACAGCUCCGAAAAAUCAGACAACGAAGUCCCCAUGAAGAUACUGAGUCCUUUACUGUAUACUUGAGAUCAGAUGUGGAGGCAAAAUCCUUGGAAGUUUGGGGAAGCCCUGAAGCUCUUGCCAGAGAGAAGAAACUGCGUAAGGAAGCAGAAAUCGAAUACAGAGAACGGCUGUUUAGAAAUCAAAAGAUAUUAAAAGAAUAUAGAGAUUUCUUGGGAAACACCAAGCCACGCUCCAGAACAGCAUCAGUGUUCUUAAAGGGACCAGGAAAAGUGGUGAUGGUUGCCAUUUGCAUCAAUGGUUUAAACUGCUUCUUUAAAUUCCUUGCCUGGAUUUAUACGGGUUCAGCAAGUAUGUUUUCAGAAGCUAUACACUCAUUAUCUGAUACUUGUAACCAGGGUUUACUAGCAUUGGGCAUCAGUAAGUCUAUUCAAACACCAGAUCCUACUCAUCCGUAUGGAUUUUCAAACAUGCGCUAUAUUGCUUCACUAAUUAGUGGUGUUGGUAUUUUCAUGAUGGGUGCAGGACUCUCUUGGUACCAUGGAGUUAUGGGAUUGCUUCAUCCUCAACCAAUGGAAUCCCUUCUAUGGGCAUAUUGUAUUUUAGCAGGAUCAUUGGUAUCUGAAGGAGCAACACUUCUUGUUGCAGUAAAUGAACUUCGUAGGAGUGCUCAGGCCAAAGGAAUGUCAUUUUACAAAUAUGUAAUGGAAAGUCGUGAUCCUAGUACAAAUGUUAUAUUAUUGGAGGAUACUGCAGCAGUCUUGGGAGUGACAAUAGCAGCCACUUGCAUGGGUCUUACUUCUAUAACAGGCAAUCCAUUGUAUGACAGCCUAGGUUCGUUGGGUGUGGGCACCUUAUUAGGCGUGGUCUCAGCAUUCCUCAUCUACACCAACACAGAAGCACUCUUGGGACGAUCCAUUCAACCAGAGCAAGUUCAGCGGCUUACUGAACUCCUGGAGAAUGACCCAUCAGUAAGGGCAAUUCAUGAUGUUAAAGCCACAGAUCUGGGAUUAGGUAAAGUAAGAUUUAAGGCAGAAGUAGAUUUUGAUGGACGAGUUGUUACAAGAUCAUAUUUGGAAAAACAAGAUUUUGACCAAAUGCUACAAGAAAUUCAAGAAGUGAAAACUCCUGAAGAGCUAGAGACCUUUAUGCUUAAACAUGGAGAAAAUAUUAUUGAUACAUUAGGAGCUGAAGUAGAUAGACUUGAGAAGGAACUGAAAAAACGAAAUCCUGAAGUUCGGCAUGUAGAUUUGGAGAUACUUUAACCUUGAUGGGGUCUUGGAAAUGAGCUUGUCAAGCCAUUCUACAAAGCACGUUUUCCUGCUUCUUCCCAGACUAAAGGAGUCAGCGCCAUUCAGAAGCCAUUUCCUUUUUCAAGACAGAGGAAAUAUUUUAUGUAAAGAGCAAUUGAACAGGCCACAGAACUAAAACUUCUUUCUUCUAAUCAUGUUUUUUGUGCUUCAGUAGGGGACACUUUGGUUAUUUCAGUUGUUCAUAAUUUCAUUUUAGCCUGUCAGUGUGUAUUAUACCUUGCAAUCAUGUUUCCUUUCUUCA